AUGUUUGCCGGUCUAAUUAGCAUCAACAAUGACAAGAUUCCCAUCAAAACCCAUGCAAUAGUAUUUUCCGCGGUGGAGAAGAGGGUUACAGCGGGACAAAUUAAAACCGCCAUGUCCUCCUGUGAAGCAAUAAGCAGUGGAGAAUUUAGCUUCUCCUCGCUUGAUGGUUUCACCAAUAAACUCAUCUCCAGCAUCGUGAUGGAAACAAACAAUCUCACAGCCAGGAGAGGUUGGUGGGCUUGUAAAAGUAACUACUGGACUGAUAAAAGAAAGUGGACCGCUGUCAGGAAGGUAGGAAGAAGGAAGAUGGGAAAACGGAAUUCUAGAAAGCAAAAACAAUCAUCAUCGUCUUCAACUGCAGAAAAAUCAAAAUCGAGAUUACUAAUAUCAAACUCAUCAAAAUCAACCAAUGGUGGUAGUAGUACCGUUGAUCCUAAGGGAGAGUUUUUUGUAUUUACUAGAAUUGCGCCGCCUCCUCCUCGUGUUGAUCAACCAUAUGGCUAUGCCUUUUGA